AGAGCAAGAGGAGGCGGCAGGGGAGGCAGCCAUCCUCCCGGCGCUUGGGGGGCGGCUGCUAUGGCAAGAUGCCCGGCCAAGUGGCCCCUUAGAGGCGGCUUCCGAGGUGGAGGAGCUGGACAGGAGAAGAGCCGGGAAGCGAGAGAAGCAGGAGACCCGCCUGGAGACGGAGGAGCUGCCAGAUCCCACUUUCAGGUACUGGCAGCCUGAACAGGGGCCCUGGCUGCAGGGAGGGGGGGAGCUGGAGGGAGGCGGAGGUGACUGCGCAGGAGAGCCGGCCAAGAGGAGGAGGAGGAAGAAGAAGGAGAGGAGCAGAGAGAGGCUGGCGGAGGGGGCCCCUGCUGCCAUCAAGGAGGAGCCGCUGGACGUCCCCUGUCUGGGGGGCCUCCCAGAAGAGAAUCUGAGGGCUAUUGGAGAGGACCCUGUUGGGGAAGCCCCCAGCUGCAAGAAGAGGAAGAAGAGGAGCCGAGAGAGGCUGCCGGAGGGGGGCGCUGCUGCCAUCAAGGAGGAGCCGCUGGACGUCCCCUGCCUGGGGAGCCUCCCAGAAGAGGGUCUGGGGUCACCCAGAGAGGAAACUGGUAGGGAGUUUGCUGGCUACAUAAAGCAGAGCCCCGGGAAGGAGGCAGGGGGGCUGUGGGGCGUUGCGGCUCUUAAAGAGGAGCUGGGGGACGUCCCCUCUCUGGGGAGCCUGGGGGUCACCCCGGAGGACCCCACAGAGGAACCCCCCAGCUACAAAAAGAAGAAGAAAAAGAAGAGCAGAGAGAGGGGGGCGGAGGGGCUGUGCAGCAUCACCACCGUCAAGGAGGAGCCGGGGGACACCAGCUGUUUGGAGAGUCUCCUGGGUCUGGGGUCAGCCAGAGGGGGCCCAGCUGGGGAUCUCCUGGCCUGCAAGAAGAAGAAGAAGAAGGGGGGCAAGCUGGACAAGGAGCCACUGCAGGAACAGGAGGCUGCCCCUCUGUGGCAAGAGCCAGGGCUGGAAGAGCCAUUGCAGACGAACUGGGCAAGUCCCAGCCCCCAAAAGAAGAGGAGGGAGGGCAGGAGGAGGGAGGGGGAGGACCAGGCUGGACUCUCUGCAGCAGGAACUUAAGGGGUGGCUCUCCCCGCCCCCCCCAGUGUUGCUGAUCAGUUGCCAUAUUUUUAUUCACACUCUGCCUGUCCCUCCGAAUAAAUCCAGGAGCUUUGCAUGCCA